GCAUCAUCGAUACAAUGAAUGAUGUUUGCCUUUCUGCCCCACUAACCCAAUCUUCUUCUCGAAGCAUUUUGUCUGUUUAUUCACCCUCAAACUCAAACUAUUAUCAUUCCACUGGGUUUUUAUAUACUAUUAUUAUUUCCCUUUUUACUCUGAUUUAUUCUCAGUUUCUUAGGGAAAAACUGAGUUUCAGUGACAGUGUCAAAAAAGGAAAAAGAAGUGCCAUUUUCGAGAAAAAGUAACGCUUUUAGAUUGUCAAACUUAAAAGACCAGCCUUUUUUUCUUUUCUGGGAAACUGAGUUAUUUUCUUGGGGAGCUAAGCUCAACAUUCUCAGUGGCCAAACAACAAAACGAGAAAUUUUGGAGUUCACCCUGAACUUUCUAUCGCUUUUGCCACUUGCCCAGGACGGUAUUGGAAUUAUCGGCAUAUGUCAGUAAUUCAGCUUCCAAAUUCUAAUUUUUCAAGAUGCUUUUAAGAUCCUGGGUUUGGUAUUAUUAAUUUAUCAUCAAGAAUUCAACAAUGGCUGAACACCCACUUUUCUUCUCCCUUCGAUCUCUUUCCCUUGUUUCAAUCUUGUUUUUAGUUGUUUUCCCGCCUUCUUUGUCACUCUCCAUUGAAACCCAAGCACUUCUCGACUUCAAAAACAUGCUGAAAGACCCUUUGAACGUGUUGGAUUCCUGGAAAGAAUCGGAAUCUCCAUGCGAAUUCUUCGGAGUUAGCUGCGAUCCGGUUUCAGGCAAUGUGACCGAGAUUUCACUUGCGAACAAAUCCCUGUCUGGCGAAAUUUCACCUUCCAUUUCAACACUUGGAAAUCUUAAAACCAUUUAUUUGCCUCAAAAUUUAAUUUCUGGGAAACUUCCUCCUCAGCUAAACCAUUGUUCCAAUCUCAGGGUUUUGAAUCUUUCCUGGAAUGGAAUGAUUGGAACCAUACCAGAUCUUUCUGGGCUUCAAAACUUGAAGGUUCUUGAUUUAUCGGUUAACUUCUUUUCAGGCAGGUUCCCAAGUUGGGUCGGGAACUUAACAGGUCUGGUUUAUCUUGGUUUAGCCAGUAACCAUUACGAUGAAGGUGAAAUUCCAGAGAGUAUUGGGAACUUGAAGAACUUGACUUGGCUAUUUCUUGCUAGGUCCAAUCUUAGAGGACAGAUUCCGGAGUCCAUUUUUGAGUUGAAUGCUUUACAGACGUUGGAUAUUUCAAGGAACAAGAUUUCUGGGGAUUUUCCGAGUUCGAUUUCCAAAUUGAAGAACCUUACCAAGAUUGAGCUAUUUUUCAACAACUUUACCGGCGAGUUGCCACCAGGGAUUGCUGAUCUUUCUCUGUUGCGGGAAAUUGACAUCUCGUCGAAUCAGAUGCACGGGAGAUUGCCGGAAAAGAUGGGAAAUCUGAAGAAUUUGGUGGUCUUUCAAUGUUAUAAUAACAACUUUUCUGGAGAAAUCCCUGCAGGUUUUGGUGAUAUGCGUAAUCUUAUAGGCUUCUCUGUUUAUAGAAACAAUUUUUCCGGGUUAUUUCCUGCAAAUUUUGGUCGAUUCUCACCACUGGACAGCAUUGACAUAUCGGAGAAUCAAUUUUCAGGUGAAUUUCCCAGGUUCUUGUGUGAAAACAGGAAACUAAGGCUGUUAUUGGCUCUUGACAACAACUUUUCAGGAGAGUUUCCUGAUUCGUAUGUCGAUUGCAAAUCACUGGAAAGGUUGAGGAUCAAUAAGAAUCAUCUUUCUGGGAAAAUUCCUGAUGGAGGUUGGGCACUUCCACAUGCAACCAUGAUUGAUUUUGGUGAUAAUGACUUUGAGGGAGAGAUAUCCCCCAUGAUUGUAUUUUCCAUUAGCUUAAAUCAGUUGGUUUUGAAGAACAAUAGGUUUUCAGGUAAUGUCCCAUCAGUACUUGGCAAGUUGGCAAACCUAGAGAGGCUUCUUUUGAAUAAUAAUAGCUUUUCUGGCAAUCUACCUGCUGAAAUUGGUGCUUUGAAGCAGUUAUCUUCCUUGCAUCUUGAGCAAAAUUCACUGACUGGAUUGAUACCAGGGGAAAUAAGCGACUGUUUUAGGCUGGUGGACUUGAAUCUUGCUGAUAAUGAUUUCAGUGGUAAUAUCCCAUCAACAGUUUCAUUGAUGAGCUCUUUGAAUUCUUUGAAUCUUUCUGGAAACCAACUUACAGGUCCAAUUCCAAAGAAUCUAGAAAAUUUGAGGCUAAGUUCCAUUGAUUUAUCUCGGAACCAGUUGUCUGGAAAUGUUCCUUCUGAUCUUUUGACUAUAGGUGGAGACGAAGCAUUUGUCGGGAAUGGACUUUGUAUUGACCAAUAUUCGAAAACGCUUGUGAAGUAUACUUUGUUGAAUGUCUGCAAGGAAGGGCAAGGGAAAAAGAGGGUGUUGGGGGGUAAAUUGGUUGUUUUCAUUAUCAUGGCAGUAGCUUUGCUGCUUGUUUUAGCUGGCCUGCUGCUUGUGAGUUGCAAGAACUUCAAGCUUGGUGAAUCUGAUGUCGAAAACGGUUUGGAAGGUGAGAAGGGAGUGAAUUCAAAAUGGAAACUUGCAUCUUUUCACCACAUGGAUAUUGAUCCAGAUGAAAUAUGUAACCUGGAGGAAGAAAAUCUGAUCGGGAGUGGUGGUACUGGACGAGUUUAUCGGCUGGAUUUGAAGGAAAAGGGUAAUGUGGUAGCUGUAAAACAACUAUGGAAGGGGAAUGGAAUGAAGGUUUUGGCAGCAGAAAUGGACAUUUUGGGGCAAAUCAGGCAUAGAAACAUACUUAAACUCUAUGCUUGCUUAAUGAAAGGAGGAUUGAACUAUUUGGUAUUCGAAUACAUGUCGAACGGGAAUCUGUUUCAAGCACUUAGAAGUGAGAACAAAGGUGGAAAGCCAGAAUUGAACUGGUACCAAAGAUAUAAAAUUGCGUUAGGAGCUGCUAAAGGAAUCUCUUAUCUGCAUCAUGAUUGUUCCCCUCCUAUCAUUCAUAGGGAUAUAAAAUCAUGCAACAUUUUACUUGACGACGACUAUGAGCCAAAAAUUGCUGAUUUUGGUGUUGCAAAGAUUGCUGAAAAAUCUCUCGAGGGAUCUGAGUACAGCAGUUUUGCUGGCACCCAUGGUUAUAUUGCUCCUGAGCUGGCAUAUACUCUAAAAGUCACAGAAAAGAGUGAUGUGUAUAGUUUUGGAGUGGUACUAUUAGAAUUAGUUACUGGUAAAGCAUCAAUUGAAGAGGAGUAUGGCGAAGGGAAAGAUAUAGUUUAUUGGGUUUUAACUCAUCUCGGUGAUGGUGAAAAUGUCGUCAAGGUUCUAGACGAUCGGGUGGACGUUGAAACUGUUCAAGAUGACAUGAUUAAGGUGUUGAAGAUUGGCAUCCUCUGCGCGGCCAAGCUUCCCAAUUUGCGCCCUACAAUGAGGGAAGUGGUUAAUAUGCUCAUGGAUGCUGAACCUUGCACUGCCAUUUCUGCAGAUAUCAAAUCAGACAAACCUGGUAUUCUCCGGUUCAAACAUUGGCACCGCUAAAAAUAAAAUUAUUUUUUUCGAUAUUUUUUGGUGCCGACACUGUGGUGGCCGACACCCAUUUCAGCUUUGAAACUCGUAGCCAACAUCUACCUCCUUAAUGGGCCUACAAAAUGUGGAGGAUUAGUUAUCGGGUACUGUUAUUUUGAGGUCAUAUCUAGUAUUCAGAGUUUGCCUCGAUUUGGUACCGUUCUCGCGGCCCCGCACCGAACAGUGCUUUACCCCUAGAUGUCAGUCCACUGCUACGACUCAACGCAUUUCGGGGAGAACCAGCUAGCUCUGGGUUCGAGUGGCAUUUCACCCCUAACCACAACUCAUCCACUGAUUCUUCACUCUCCAGUCUCCAGUAUAUAUAUUAAGAAAUGAAGAGAAAAAAAUGGGGUUGAGAGAUUGAAAAAAUGUUUUAUCUGUUUGGGGAGUGUACCAUCAACUGGAGAUUUCUAUUAUGUAUUGGUAGUCAUGCGUUAAUGGGGUUGAAUUAUAUACUGUCAUGAGAAUUACAAAGGUUAUGUUGUUAA